AUGCAUGUUUUGUGGUUUCAUUUUGUUUCUUGCUUGUCUUGUUGUCUUGUAGUGUUCUCGGCAUUUCUUUUUUCUCUCUUGACUGCGUUUUCUCUUUAUCGGAUUGUGGGCGUGCACUUGGAGCUCGCGCCAUUUUACGCCCGGCAAAAGAUGCCGGAGGAGAAGGACCACGGCCGUCGAGAAAAGAAGGAGAGACAUCACAGAAAACGCCAUCGCAAGGACCACAAAGAGAAGGUUCCUCCUUCAUUAGGCGAGGCGGCAGAGGAGGAGGAGGACUGGGAUGCCAACAGGGAGCGUCUUGAGCGCAUUUGCCAGAUUCCCCCAAACAACAUCUGCAAUGACUGCAACAACAAUGGUACGCGCUGGGCGUCGGUGAACCACGGUGUGUUUUUGUGCAUCCGUUGCUCCGGUAUUCACCGCUCACUCGGGGUGCACGUUUCAAAGAUCAAGUCAACGAACAUGGACAAAUGGCGGGCGACGGAGGUUGGACUGAUGGAGGCUAUCGGUAAUCAGAGGGGCAAGUCGCUCUAUGAGGCGCGUUUGCCGAGAGGUAUGAAACCAUUGACAGGGACCGAGUCGGAAUUGACACUGAAGACGUUUAUUACGCAAAAGUAUCAGGAAAAGGCGUUUGCGUUGGAAAAUCUGAAUGAGGUGCUGCGUCAAUAUUACAAACAGACACGCUACGGGAAGCAGCCACGGAAACAUGACACCAAAGCCUACAGAAUGGUAAGGGAACAAGAGAACGCGGCUAAGGAGGGGAGUGCAUCGCAGCAAGAGGACACGAUGAAGGCGCUGUAUGGCGUCAACGCCGAGGCCAUAUCUAAAAAGUCGAAAAAGACAAGGCCUGUCCACGGUAUCUUUGGACUCGUCAAUGUCCCGCCGGACGAGUACGAUGAGCGACGACGAGAACUUCUGUCGCAUUUCCGUACGGUUGAACCCUCGUCCACUACUGCUGCCAUAUGA